GGAGGGAGGGGGCGCCUCUCUCUCUCUCUCUCAGUAGGGAUGUGCGCGCAUCGCAAAGAGGUCCAUGCCACCGGAGGUCUCUUGCGCUCCCUCUGAGAAGAAAGAGGAGCAGGAGGGAGGAAGGAGGAAGGCAACCAGGAAAUAAAGAGGGAGGGAGGGAGGAAAAAAAGGGGGGGAGAGCCAUUUAUUUUUCCCCCCUCCUGCGAAACAGCCAGCCCAAGCCUUCAGCCGCUUGCUCGUCUCCAGGAGACCAGCUUCGAUUCUGAUUUUUCCUCUCUCCCUCUCCUUUCUUUCUUUCUUCUCCUCCCCCCACCCCUCUUCCUCCCCCACCCCCUUUUUCCUGACGGCCACCCCCCCGAGGAAUGAUGAAAAAAACCAAUUCUACCAAGCGGGGUCACCACGAUGGGAACCAACAACCCACUCUGCUGGAGAAGGUGGGCUGGGUCCGGAAAUUCUGUGGCAGAGGCAUUUUCCGGGAGAUCUGGAAAAACCGCUACGUGGUUCUGAAAGGGGACCAGCUGUACAUCUCGGAGAAGGAGGUAAAAGACGAGAAAAACAUUCAGGAAGUGUUUGACUUGAACGAUUACGAGAAAUGCGAAGAGCUCAGGAAAUCAAAAAGCAGAAGCAAAAAGAACUACAGCAAGUUCUCGCUCGCCCACUCCAAGGAGCCUGGGAACACAGCACCUAACCUUGUCUUCCUGGCUGUGAGUCCUGAAGAAAAGGAGUCCUGGAUCAACGCUCUCAACUCUGCAAUAACUCGGGCCAAGAACCGCAUCUUGGACGAGGUGACCGUGGAGGAGGAGAGUUACCUUGCCCACCCGACUCGCGACAGGGCCAAGAUCCAGCACUCCAGGCGGCCGCCGACCAGGGGGCAUUUGAUGGCUGUGGCAUCUACCUCAACGUCCGACGGAAUGUUAACCCUCGAUUUGAUCCAGGAGGAGGACGCUUCCCCGGAAGACAACGGCACCUGCGAGGAGAACUUCCGGGUGGACCUCGACAAAUCGGUGGCCCACCUCUCGGCCGGGCGGCGGCGUUCGGAUUCCGAGAACGUGAAGCCCGCGGAGAAAAGCCGGACGAACAGCCUCCCGAGGCGGGAGGUGGCGUCUUGGGACAAGUUCUCUCAGCGCACCGACUCCUUUGAGAAGGGUACCAUGUACACCCCUCAGGUUCCGAAGAAGCUCUCCCACCUGGAGAAAAACAAAUGUGCCUCCAUGGAGGAGAUCCUGUCGUGCCGGGACUCUUCCUCGGCGCACCGGGCGGUGCUGCGGAAAGGGCUGGAGGAGCAGCUGGCCUCGGCCGGGCCAGAGCAGCUGGGCCGGAUCCAGGAACUCGUUGCGUUGAAACUUGAAAAGACCCAGGAACUGCUGGCGGAGGUGAGGGGCUACGCCGAGGGGAAACGGAAGGCCAAGGACCCCGCUUCUGCCACCGCCGCCACCACCAUCGCCUCCUCUCCCUCCUCCUCCUCGUCUUCUUCCAAGUUGGACUCGGAGGCCAUCUUGCAGGAGACGGAGCGGCUGCUUGGGGAGGCUUCAUCCAACUGGAGCCAGGCUCAGAAAGUGCUGCAGGAGGUGCAAGAACUGAGGGGCCUGUACAAGCAGCUCGAACUGCAGCUCUCAGACCCCAAAUCCAAACAGAACGCGCAAUCCCAGUACAGGAAAAGUAUGAUGUGAAUGGAGGCCCGUUUUGGGCCCUCUUAGGCGGCAAGGACAGGGUGUUAGGGCGGCUAGGAAGAGGGUCAAAAGGGUUGGUAUGUACCUUUUUAUUACCACUAUUAUUAUUUACAGUGUUUGAUGCUGACGAGGUGCCUGUUCUCAUCCAAUCCUAAUUUCUCACCAGUUUGAUUUGCUGCCCUUCUUUUGCCCCCUAUCACCCCACGCCCUUUCCCCUUCUCCAGCCCCAGACAAACACAUUCCAAUAAAUCAGUUUGUAUCCAU